CCUACCGAAUCUGCCAUCCUAAAUCAACAGUUAGUGAUAAUCUAGUGUCAUGUGAUCACGGGACGCGGAAGUCCUGUUCAUCUUCUUCAGCCUGUGACGCGAAGCAAAUCGGCUUAUUUUAAAGUUUGGAGCUCGGCGUUUUAAAUGGGCAGGAUGACUCAGAAGAACCACCUGGAGGGCCAGGUCUAUUCUGUGCCACUGAUCCAGCAGGACCUGAGGAGGGAAGAGGCUGUGCACCAGAUCACUGAUGCCCUGCAGUACCUGGAAAGCAUCUCCACCGAUAUCUUCUGCAGGGUGUCUCAGAGUGUGGAGAGGAACCGCACUCAUCUUCAAGCCGUCACAGACCGCAUUAAACUGGCUCAAGCUCGAGUCCACAAGAUUAAAGGAAGCAAGAAGGCCACCAAGGUGUUUUCCAGCGCUAAAUACCCCGCUCCUGAUAAACUGCACGAUUACUCAUCGAUAUUUACGGGCGCUGUAGAUCCGGCCUCGCAGAAACGACCACGGUACAAAGUUCAGGGCAAGCUCCGCCCCCUGGAUGACAAGGCCUUACAGGAGAAGUUGAUGUAUUUCCCAGUGUGCGUGAACACUAAGAAGCGCUCCGAAGAUGAGACGGAGGAGGGGCUGGGGAGCCUGCCUAGAAACAUCAACUCCGUCAGCUCUCUGCUGCUCUUUAACACCACUGAAAACUUGUAUAAGAAGUACGUCUUCCUGGAUCCUCUGGCAGGAGUCGUCACUAAAACUCAUCACACACUAGAGACGGAGAAGGAGGAAAAGCCGUUCGAUGCACCGAUGUCUAUCACAAAGCAUGAGCAACUGGAGAGACAGACUGCUGAAAAUUAUUUCUACGUGCCGGACCUGGGCCAAGUGCCCGAGAUCGAUGUGCCCUCUUAUCUGCCCGAUCUGCCCGGUAUCGCCGAUGACCUCAUGUACAGCGCUGACCUCGGCCCAGGCUUCGCCCCUUCUGGCACCGUAGGCGCGGCCAUACCCGAGCUGCCCUCUUUUGGCACAGAACAUGAAGAAGGCUCCCACUUUCGAUCCGAGGCUCCUCCCCCUCCUCCACCCCCACCUCCUCCACCUCCUCCUCCUCCAGCCUCAUUUUCGCCAGGAGCUCCUCCAGCCCCACCCCCUCCUCCUCCACCUCCACCUGCUGUUCUUGAUGACACAGGUGGUAGAGGUGUAUCCGGUCAUGCCCCGCCCACAGGUCCAGUAAAAGACGCCCCUACAGAGGUCCUGAAGCCGUCAGACGGGCGAGCCAGCCUGCUCGAGUCUAUUCGUAACGCUGGAGGCAUCGGCAAGGCCAAACUGCGCAACGUUAAAGAGCGAAAGAUGGUGAAGAAGAAACAGAAGGAGCAGGAGCAAGUUGGAGCGGCAGCCAGUGGAGGAGAUUUCAUGUCCGACCUCUUCAAUAAAUUGGCCAUGCGAAGGAAAGGCAUCUCGGGUAAAGUCCCAGGGGGCGGAGACUCCACCGACCCGCCCGGCAGCUCGGGAACGGCGUUCGCCAGGAUGUCCGACGUGAUCCCACCCCUUCCUGCUCCUCACCAACCGAACGCAGAGGACGACGAGGACUGGGAGGCGUAGCCGAAAACACGCUUACCCAAAGACUCCCGGCGAUCAGAAAGGCGCGGAUUUGAUUCCUCAAAAGACGUGGAUUAGAAUUUAACGUGCGUUGACUUCGUUCGCUACAAAUACUAAUUUGUGUCAGCGUUGAAAUAUGAAACGAUGUAGGUGAUGUAGAAAACACUGUAUAUCUUCUCAUUUUCUUUUAACAGUAGAUCAGAUAUUUGGGUAAAAACCCAAAAAUGUGUGUGAGACACCACCACAAGGCACGUCUAUGAAAGGAUAACAGGAUGAUAAUAAUCAGAAACUCAUUCACUGUUUAGUACUGAUACGUUCACUACGUUCCUUUUGUUUUUUCCCGGCUCCCGAAACACAGAACUUGGAAGGAAACCGCUUUUGAUUGCCCAGUGGACAUCCAGGGUUUUCUCCAUCUCUGUAUAUGAAGAAUUUAAAAUAAGAAGGAAAACAUAUCCGAGCAUCUGCAGAGUGAUUAGAGUAACGCGUGUAAUUACAUCAUUCACGCACUGAUUCUUUUCUAGCGUCUGCCAGGAAAACAUAUGGCUCAGAUACACGCUGUGUGUUCUGGAGUUCUGAAAGCAUCAGAGAAACACAUCAGUCUGAGUUCAUCAUGUACACGUUUCCAUUUCAUCUCAUUAAAUCUCGAUUUUAUUCACAUUAAA